GACGUUUUAAAGAAAAGGACAGAACGCGUGUUGAACGAACCACACAAAGUCUCUGCUUGCCACUGUAAUCCCACCGGCUGACGAGAAUUAGAAGAUUCCGUUGCUAAAGCUUGCCUACUUCCCCUGAUAAGGGUAACGUUCACACAUGACGGCGGCUCCCAACCGCAUUUGCAGAGGAGGAAAGAAAUGAAGAUUGUGCCGUCUGGCAAACUUGGGCCCAAAGCUUUAUGUUCAGGUCUAUUAUUAGCUCCUGCCUUCCCCAGCUCUUCUCAAGUGACAGGCAGGUCAGACGGAGCCCCUGGGUCUGAGGAGCUUGCUCGCUGGGCGGGGCGGCUCGGCUUCCCUGGGGCAGUUAGUCAGGCAGCUCCCUCUGUGAGGGAAGAUGGCUGGCAAUGCACCUGAGAAUGACGGGGCCAUGCUGCAGAGUGGCCCCGAGCCCAGCGGCCCAGAGCCCAGCAGCCCCGAGCCCGACAGCCCCCAGCAGAGUGGCCCCGAGCCCAGCGGCCCAGAGCCCAGCAGCCCCGAACCCGACAGCCCCCAGCAGAGCAGUCCUCCAGCCAGGCACUUCUUAAAGGAUGUGAUUUUUCAUGGGAAAUUCAGACUGCUGAAGGCUCUGUCCCCAGAGGAGAACACCAGGUGCCGGCAGGGCCUGUACUUCCAGGAUGGCGAGCGUCGGGUGGACUACGUGCUGACGUACGCGGUGAAGAAGCCCAGUCCAGCCUGCUCCCGCCGCUCCUCCCGCCUCACCAACAACGCCCUGACCCGCAGCCUGAGACGCAGCCUGAGGCGUGGCCCGCGCCCCGCCCUGCCCGACCCCGAGGCCCCCGCCCAGGGCCACAGCCACGACUACCACGAGGACGACAAACGCCUCCACCGGGACGAGUUUGAGUGCAACCUGAGAGACAUGGGCCUGGAGCUGGAGAAGGAUGAGGAUGUGAGUGUGUGCAACAUUUUAGAGAAAAACACGGACACAAAAACUCCUGGAGUGGGGUUUCUGAAGAUACAUGCCCCCUGGCACGUACUUUGCCGAGAAGCGGAGUUUAUGAAGCUCAAGAUGCCAACCAAAAAAGUAUAUGAAGUCCAGCAGGGAAGCAACCUGCUGGAGAAGAUCAACACCUUCAUCAACAGAGCGACAGAAGUGCUGAACCCUAAUGUAGAAGAGACCAGAAAACAUAAUAUGAAGCACCUUUGCUAUGCCUUCUCUAGAGAAAAACAGCACCUGUUUGAUCUGUCAGACAAAGACUCCUUCUUUGACAGUAAAACAAGAAGUUCAAUAGUUUAUGAAGUGCUGAAACGCACAAGAUGCAUUAAAGCCAAAUACAGCAUGGGAAUGACCAGCCUGCUUGGUCGUGGAGUUUAUACUGCAGCUUAUCCCUUACAUGAUGGGGAUGUAGAUGGUGAAAACAUAGAGCUCAACGACAGGAAGCUUCUGUAUGAGGAGUGGGCCAGCUAUAGUGUGUUCUACAAAUAUCAGCCCAUUGGCCUGAUCAGAAAGUAUUUUGGAGAGAAGAUUGGCCUGUACUUCGCCUGGUUGGGGGUGUACACCCAGAUGCUGAUCCCCGCCUCCUUGGUGGGGGUCUUUGUCUUCCUGUACGGCUGUGCCACAGUGGAUGAUGACAUUCCCAGUAUGGAGAUCUGUGACCCCCAGAACAACAUCACCAUGUGCCCCUUGUGUGACCGCGCCUGCAGCUACUGGAACCUCUGCACCGCAUGUGCCACAGCCCGAGCCAGCCACCUCUUUGACAAUCCCGCUACCGUCUUAUUCUCCGUCUUCAUGGCACUGUGGGCUGCUAUGUUUUUGGAGCACUGGAAGAGGAAACAGAUGGGACUCAACUACAAAUGGGAUCUCACAGGUUUUGAAGACGAGGAGGGCCAGCCGAGGAUUGAGUAUGAGCUCGCCGUUAUGCAGAAGUCCCUUAGAAAGGAGCAAAAAACCUGCAAGAAGCCACCGGAGCAAGCGGAGGAACCCACAAACAAGUGGAAGCAAACAGUUCAAUCUGCCCUGGCAGGGCUAAAGCUGACAGAAAAAGAAGAGCUGACGUGUAGAGACAGGUUUCCAGCCUAUAUGACUAAUCUGGUCAUGAUGCUGUUGAUGGUUGGUGUGACCUUUACCAUUGUGUUUGGAAUCAUUCUGUACCGGAUCUCCACCAAGGCUGCCCUGCACAUGAGCUCCAGCCCCACCACCCGCUCCAACGUGCGUCUGACGGUCCUCACCACCGCAGCCAUCAUUAACCUGGUGGCCAUUCUCAUUCUGGACGAGGUGUACGGGAGAGUCGCUCGCUGGCUUACUGUCCUCGAGGUGCCAAAGACUGACAGGAGCUUUGAGGACAGACUGAUCUUUAAGACUUUCAUCCUGAAGUUCUUCAAUGCUUUCACCCCCAUCAUUUACAUAGCCUUCAUCAGGGGCAGACUGGUUGGUCACCCUGGAAGUUAUCUGUAUGUUUUUGAGUCAUACCGGAUGGAGGAGUGUGCUCAUGGAGGCUGUUUGAUGGAGCUCUGCAUCCAGCUCAGUAUCACCAUGCUGGGCAAACAGCUGAUCCAGAACAACCUUUUUGAGAUUGGCAUCCCCAAACUUAAAAAGUUGAUCAGGUACAUAAAAUCAAAGAGGAGCUCCUUCCAGGAGGAGGAGAGGGAAAAAAAACUCCAGCGCUAUGAAACCGACCACUUCCUGGAGCCUUUCGCUGGCCUCAGCCCUGAGUACAUGGAGAUGAUAAUCCAGUUCGGGUUUGUGACCCUGUUUGUGGCCUCGUUCCCUUUGGCACCACUCUUUGCUUUGCUGAACAACAUCAUCGAGAUCCGUCUCGACGCCAAAAAGUUUGUAUCAGAACUGCGGAGGCCGGUGGCUACAAAAGCCAAAGACAUCGGGAUUUGGUACAACAUUCUCAGAGGGAUUGGAAAAGUGGCAGUCAUAAUAAAUGCAUUUGUGAUCUCCUUCACAUCAGACUUCGUCCCACGGCUGGUCUAUCAGUAUAUGUACAGCCCAGAUGGUUCCAUGCACGGGUUUGUAAACCACACCCUGUCCUACUUCAACGUCAGCCACUUCCAGGAGCGCACCAAGCCCAUCGAACCCCUGCAAUUAGGCUUCCAUGUGGACAUAUGCAGAUACAAAGACCACAGGGAGCCGCCGUGGUCCCAGACCCCCUACCAAAUAUCCAAGGAAUUCUGGGCUGUGCUGGCAGCCCGACUGGCCUUCAUCAUCAUCUUUCAGAAUGUGGUGAUGCUGAUGAGUGACCUGGUGGACUGGUUGAUUCCAGACAUCCCUAAGGACAUCAGUGAGCAAAUACAAAAGGAGCAGGUCCUGAUGGUGGAGCUGUUCAUGAAGGAGGAGCAGAGGAAGCUGCAGGUUCUGGACAUCAUGAGCCAACACCGGAAUGUCAAAGAUACCUGCAGCAACUGCGGCCUCAGGCUCCGCCCCUCCUCUAGCCCGGCCCCACCCGCACACCCCAGCACUCGCCCCCUGCCCACCUGUCCACACAUUCCACCCAAUGAGAGGGUCCCCCGGCCGGGAGAGGUGGCAUGGCAAACCGCCAUUUCCCUGGCACCCACUAUCCAAUCAGCUGCUGCCGGGUCACGCUGAGCUAAUGUUGUGGCCCAUGAGCGCUGCCUCACUCUUAAACAGCGCACCAUAUCCUGCAGGGGCCUGCAGUCGGAUUUUCUUGAAUGUCCUUUUUUAAUAUAUAUUCCUUGCCUUUUAUGCAGGGAGAGGGUUCCUUGUUAUCCUGCUUUGCUGACAACAUACUCAUCAUGAAUGCCAAAACACCCGAUUAAUUUAUCAGAUCAUUGCUUUUUUAGAUACGUAGACCUUUUUUUUUCUUAUACAUUUUUUUAGGAUUUUUCCCUUUUUGGUAGCCAAUUGUACCCCGUCUGAUUCAAUUACAGCUAGUAUUAGAUACACCGCCCAUACCCCGUCCCUCAGCGGCCGAAGGAGAACGACAUGCCUUCUCGUCUCAUGCUCGUUGGUGUGAUUCCGAGGCGCCCGAGGUGCUUUAUUGUGCGGCAAUCUACUAACCCUGCCAAGUCCCUCCCUCUGGAGCAGCGAGCCAAUUAUGCUGCUCCACGUGAGCCGGGGUCCCCAGUGUGCAACUGCAGCAAACUGCAACCACAAGUCUGCUGCAUCUUAGCCUGUUGCACCACCGCGGCUCUACGUUACAUUGACAUUUGCUUGCAUAAUUGGUGUAAGGUCUUAGGAAGGAAUGUUCAGUUUUGUUUGUUGUUUUCACAAAUGUGAGAUUGUUGAUUAUUCAGGUAUUUUUUGAAAAUGAAGCAUUGUCGUUGCUACGGCAGACUUCAAGGUCCAAUCUUCAGUUUGUUGAAAAAAACUUCAGGAAGGAAGAGAUACCACGGCAGCAAGUUCUUCAGAAAAUCAGACUUUAUUGGCACAUGUGCACAAAAGCCGGUCCAAAUCCGCAGACUUCAACCUUGAAUAUCAGACUCACACCCAAAUUAUGCACUGCUCUUAUUUCAACUCCUCCUAUAAUUUCUCCAAAAAACAUCAGGUGACUUGGCUGUGCUUCAACUGCUGAGAACCUCUCGGUCCUGAAACCAUGGUGGCAAAUCGCCCCAUUGACUUUCUAAAAAAUAAAUGCUUCUAUUACAUACA